UCAUCAGGAGUAACAUUUUCUUUUUUCUGGAAGACUCAAGACCAGCAGGCUAAGUUUCUCCCUGCCUCUGGUGGACAAGUUAUUUCCAGUGGUUUCAAAAUCUGUUCAAAUGAAGGUGAAGGCUCAGUGGAAUUUUACACGCGUGGGAGUGCAAUGAUGAAGUGGAAAGCAAGCUUUAGUCCACCAGGUCCUUAUUGGACUCACAUUCUCUUUACUUGGAAGUCAAGAGAGGGACUGAAAGUCUAUGUCAACGGAACUCUAAACACAACUGAUCCAGAUGGGAAAGUUUUCUAUGAUUACGGAGAUCCCAGUGCAAAUCUACUGACUGGGACAGAGGGGGAUAAAACUAAGCGCUAUGUGAAUGGGGCAUUUGAUGAAUUCAUUAUAUGGGAAAGGGCACUCACACCCAAUGAAAUUGAGCAGUACUUUACAGCUGCUAUUGGUGUGCAAGUUUUGCUUUCCUCAACACUCCCGUGGUCUGUGAUGACAACCACUACAAAACCUGUGCUCUCUACAAACGCCUAUCAUCCUAUCAUUACUAAUCUCACCGAGGAAAGAGGGAACUUCCACCCCCUCAGCACCAUGCUGGGCUACCUGGAGAAUGUGUCCUUCAGCUUGCCCAACAAAUCCUUGUCAGAAAAUACUGCUCUAAGCCUGACAGAGGCAUUUUUAAAAGCUAUUGAAGACUUUCUGUUAUUGCCCAACUGGAUUAAUGUACCAGAGACCGCUCACAUAUUUGGAAAUUUAAUUCAAACUAUUGACAGUGUGAUGGCUCAUAUGAUGCGCAAUCUGGACGAAAACUUGUUACCUUUGACUGUUGAGGGCACGUCAUCUGUGGCAGAUUACACCUUGGUCAAAAUGCACCCUCAGACUCUGAAUUUGUCCCACUAUCGAUUUCCAUCUCGAGGACAGAGUUAUGUUUCCAUUCCCAGUGAAGCUUUUCAUGAAAAAGCUUGGAUUACCAUUGUCGGCCUGCUUUACCAUAACAUGCACUAUUUCUUUAAUAAUAUCAACCCUAUGGAUACAAAGAUUGCUGAAGCUGCUGCCUACAAAGGUUAUAUGAUCUCAGCAGCCAGUUAUCUUAUCUCUGUCAAAGUGGAACCUCUACCCAAGCUGUCCCACAAUCUGUCAGGAUCUCCUCUUAUUACCAUCCAGCUCACCCACAAAUUG